UUGUCAUUCGCGUUGUAGGUGAUGUACAGUGGGAUUGAGCCCCGACUCAACUUGAUUUACAUGCACCACGUCCACACUCCACGCUGACCGCGAGAGAAGCGGGAGACGAGGGCGUCUGUUGUGAUAGGAAUCCACAGUCAAAGUUUACUCUGAAUCCUGAUUUACUUUCACGGAAGAGGAGCACGUGCCACUGUCUCACCACUUCAAUUUCUUCUUUUCAAAGGUGUAUACCUCCCACCCCGCCCCACCACGGCCCUCACCUGUGUGUUGCGGUGCUUCCCUUGUGAGCCGUCCUGGGCCGGCAGCCCCUUCUUGCACCGCCCGCCGACCCGGCCCAUGGUCACCAUGACACGCUCCAAAACUUUCCAGGCGUACCUGCCGACCUGCCACCGCACCUACAGCUGCAUCCACUGCAGAGCACACCUCGCCAACCACGACGAGCUCAUCUCCAAGUCAUUUCAAGGAAGUCAGGGCAGAGCAUAUCUGUUCAACUCUGUGGUGAACGUGGGAUGUGGUCCUGCAGAGGAGAGGGUUCUGCUCACGGGCCUUCACGCUGUGGCAGACAUCUACUGUGAAAACUGCAAAACCACACUGGGGUGGAAAUAUGAACAUGCCUUUGAGAGCAGUCAGAAGUACAAGGAAGGCAAGUUCAUUAUCGAGCUCGCCCACAUGAUCAAGGACAACGGCUGGGACUGAGCGAGCGUCCUGGAGAGAGCACCGGGUGGAUGGUGAAUGUGUGGGUGAAUGACUGACUUUGGUUUGCCAUUACCCUCUUAAACCCUCUUCUACCCUCCAUCUCCUGCUGACACACAGACGCCCCUCACCGGACCAGAAUCUGGAGAGCAGGCCACCCCAGGGGGCUUUGUGUGUCUUGAGGAGAGCGCGCAUGUGUGUGUGUGUGUGUGUGUGUGUGUGUGUUGGGCCCGGCACGUGGAAGCACACUGAGAUACAUGAAUGCAUACACAAGGUGUACAGACAAACGUGUGUAAAAACAACAGCAGUCCGCAUGUCACACUCAUCUCAGCCUGAUGGUUUACACUACAAGUGGCUCUAUUCAUACGCGCAUAUGACAUAAGGCAGGGCUCAGGAGGCGCGUUGUGCUUGGCAGGAUCAGGGUCACGAGGUCGCCGAGCUGAUGGGGCUUUCUCCACUUCGAGUCAGUGAGAAACUACCAGGCUGACCUUUCUGAAUUCAGCUGAGGUCUGCACCGUCUGCGCCAGUGAGGACUGGCAUGAAGAAAUCUCUGAAUGGAGCUCCGACAGAGCAACAAACAAGUCUUAAAGGAAUAGUUCACACAGAAAUUAAGAUUCAGUUCUUUUCAAGAAUUUUUUUUUAUCAGAACAGUUUUGGAUAAAUCUUGUGCUCACCAACGGAUCCUCUGCACUGAAUGGGUGCCGUCAGCAUGAGAGUCCAAACAGCUGAUAAAAACGGCACAAUGACUCACAAGUAACUCCAGGGCAUGAAUUACUGUUUUGUGAAGUGAAAAGCUGUGUGUUUUGAGAAACAAAUUAAUUAUGAACACAUUUUAACUUUAAAAUAUUGCUUCUAGCUAAAAUAUGAGUCGUCUAUCCAUAAAAAUGCUUUCUCUAUAGUGAAAAAGUUGUCUCGUCUGAAUCAGGAGAGAUAUAUGCACAGAUCAAGCACUGUUUACGAUUGAAAGCAGUCCAAAAUGUUUCUUGACAAAUUUAGAUUUUGAUGCGAGAGGACAGCUGGGGUUGCAUUUUUUUUAACUGGAAGAUGUGUUAUUUCGCAUUAUGGACUAAAGUUUGGAAUAAAGCCAUGGUUUAAGGUUAAAAUGCCUUGAUGGAUUUCUUACAAACGCACAGCUUUUCCCAAGUCAUUAACUGAUGUUCUGGAGCCGUGUGGAUUACUUGUGGAUUAUUUUGAUGUUUUUAUCAGCUGUUUGGACUCUCAUUCUGACGGCACCCAUUCACUGCAGAGGAUCCAUUGGUAAGCAAGUGAUGUAAUGUUAAAUUUCUCCAAAAUCUGUUUAGAUGAAGAAACAAAUUAGAAAACAUCUUGGGUGGUCUGAGUUUGAGUAAAUUCAGCAAACUUUCAUUUUGGAGCGGAGAAUUCCAUUAAAGGAACACAAUUAAAGUUUGCCUCUUUAAGAAGAAUCACUUUGUAUUCUCAAAAAGUUAGUAGCUUUGGAUAAAAGCAUCUGCAAAAUGACUAAAUGUAAAGGAAUGAGAAUUCACAAUGAGAACUAUUUCUUUAAACCAUCUUAAAAAUGUAAAGUGAAGUUUACUGUCAUGCCUUCAGCAUAAAAUUACCAUCUUACGAUUCUGGAUGAAACAUGGGCAUAAUUAAGUGAAUGUAAACCUCUGUGUAUAGCAGUUUACAGGUGUUGUAUCUGGAUAUCUUUGUGUCGGUAUUCCAUGUUCCAACAGUUUGUGUUGUUCCCAGUCUCACGGUGUUCAUUUGUACUGACUGCUCUUGCUUGUUAGUGGACCUUUGGGGAAUAAGGACAUAAGAUGAGACUGUACACCGCCUAUCUGUUCGGUUCUUUACAUGAAAAACAGAAUUCAUCAUAGUUCCUCUGUACCCAAGACAACUAGAAGACACUUCAGUGUCUCCCAAAAUCACCAAAGACCCAACUGCAAAUUAGUUGACUUAACAAAAAAAUAUAUAUAUUUCUCUUGUUUCUUUCUUUUUUUUUCUUUUUUUUUGGGGGGUGCAGGGAAUGUUGGCAUGUGGGUUUGUGUAUAAUGGAAAAACAAGCUACAUGUUUUACUGACACAUAAUUAAAUGACGUGGUAAUAUACAUGAGCAUAAACAUAUUGAUUCACAUAUUGAUAACUGAUUUCCAUGUGUCAGGGAUUAAGUUGUUGCAUUUGUUAUCUGAGCAUUAUCACGCUUUAUGUCUGGACUCCAAACUUUAAUACUUUUGUAUUCCAGUAAGUUUCAACUGUAGUGUGUUUUAUAAGUGGAUGAGGAGAGGAUAAUGUUAUUGGAACUCCCAUCAACAUUGAUAUAAAAUGUCAAUAAAACAAUAAAACUUG